AUGCGGGAGAAGAAGCAGAGGCAGCCUGUGCAGAAGGCAGCUGUGACCAAAAAGGCUCGAGAUCAACCGCAAAGUACGACUCAGACUGUGGACAAAGACGUGCUUGGCAAGAUUCGAAAGUGUCUGAGCCGAGCCACCCAUGAAAGUACCACCGAGUCAGAGGCUAAAGCCGCCCUCUUCCUCGCCCACAAGCUUAUGGCUCAAUAUAAUGUUGCCCAGGUAGAUCUGGUGGCCAACAGCGAUGAUGGAAGCAAAGCACGUUAUGGAGGAAGGAGUAUCGUGACAAUAACCAACACUAAGGACCAUACUAAAUGGGUUGUCAAUGAGACCUUCGUCGGAAAGUUGGCAAUGGCCAUGUGUACGUUCUUUGAUUGCCAGCGUUUCUCAACUCACUGCCGAACCUCCGUGAUGUGGACCUUCUUCGGCGUCGCGGAAAACACGGUCGCUGCUGCAAUGGCGUUUGAAAUGGCGCACAAUAGGAUUUUGGACUGGGCGUGCUCGUACAAGCGCGGAUCGACCACGUUUAGCUACUGUAUUGGGGUUGCCGAUGGCCUCGUCGCCAUGGCCAACCGCGAGAAGAAGGUUGAGCUCGAAAUGGUAAGGAAAAAGGAGCUGGAUAUGAUUGCUUCUAGAGAGCGGGAGGAGGCUAUCGAGCGCCAGAGGGAGACUGAGAGGCUUUACAAUAUAUCUACCCUAGCGGGAGAGCUUGCUGAAUCAGAGGAUGAGUCGGAGGAUGGGGGUCCCGGCUCCCGAGGAAUCGAUAAUAGUGGUGGCGGGCCCUCCGACCCUGGAGAGGUGAAGGCGGACUUUAACGAGAACGAUAAGAUGAUUAUCGAUCUGACAGGCGAUGUCGAUGAUAAUAUCGAUGGAAUCCUCAAGAGAGAAUCGCGUGAAAUCUUUGACUUUGACAAAAUUCCCACUCCUUCGGUAAAGCAAGAAGUUCUUACGAGAUGUAUUUCGUCUAUUAAGGGCGAGGAUAUGCCGAGCUCCCCCUGGAUGUCUGAGACGCAGUUGGUUCGGUUUCGCGCCACGUCUGUGCAAGUGGCAGACGAUUAUCUCAAAAAACACAAUAUCAAAUUGCGCACGAGAAAAGCACGCCGAAUAGCCACAAAAGACUUCUCCGCCUACAAGCAGGGAUGGAAAGACAGUCAAAAGAUUGAUUUGCAUCAGCGUCGUUUGGAAUGA